CAAUCAAGACAGGCUACAGCUACAAAUAUGAUGGACUCUAUCACCACUUAAGUUAGAAUGUUUCUCUCCUUGUUCAGUGCUGCCAUCUAGCUUGGAUAUAUAUAAAUUCAUUUAAAUUCAUACAUGCAAAGGGACUUCUAAGAGCUGGUUGAAGACCUUACUUGGAUCAGUUCAAGACGAAUAAAAAAAUUCCUUGAAUAAAGAACAAAACUUUUCAUGAAGAUAAAUGAUCCACAGUGAUUACCAUGGCAACCAUAGAAUGGUAUCAUAGCAACAUGACAUGCAAUGAGGGUUGUGUUGCAUGCAUUAUUUCAUAGUCAUGCAAUACAGCCAUUUGGUAUUACACUUUUCAUUAACUAAAGGUAUCUCUCAAUAAAGAGGUCAUAUUAAACACAAUAAAAGCAGAUAUCCAAUCAAUUAGAAAAGAAGUAAAAACUGACAUUCUCUUACACAAACAGCUACAUCAGCAAACUGAGUGCAACUGAACAACAACAUUUCCAUGUUUUCAAUAAAGGUAUCAAUAAUAUGUCCAAACUCCAAAGCUUUCAGUCUAUGGAUAAACUGAACCCCACCUCUCAACAACUCUCUCUUAACAAACCCCAUCCCUCUUUAUUAGCAAACUAUCUUCUUUUACCAGGUAAGUAUCACUAUCCAGUAACAUACUAGACAACAACAUUAACAACAACAUUAUUGUUAUAUUAUGUGGACUAGAAAGAUCAAUAAGUCAAUGCAGGAACUAUGAUUUCAUAUGCCUUAAGAAUUUUAUCAAUAGUUCUUUGUUUCCAAUGCAUCUCUGAAUAAUCAAUAAAGCGAUCAAUUGCUGAACAGUUAUACAUUGAUCCACAUUAGACUAGUGGAAAUGCGCCUUGUGUAGGUUUAAUAUUGAUCCACAUUAGACUAGUGGGAAUGUGUCCUAUAUAGGUUUAAUCUAUCAGAAGUGUACUUAAUCAAUAGAAAAUCCAAUUAAUAAUCUAAUCAUCAAGGUGACAUUCCACUGCAUGGUAAAUUAUUCACAACUGUUGAGUGUGGGCCUCUACAAUGGGCUCCAUAAGGGGUACAUGUGAGGUGGGACAGCUGGACUGGGGAUAUUGUAAUGAGGAUAUUUGUACUAAAAUGUGUUGCUGGGGUUUACACUGAUUAAUGUAAAUUAUUUUAGUAGAUAAAAGCUGUGUACUUUAUUUCAAAACAUGUCUGCAAUCACAUGAUUCAGCUUUGUGUUUAAAUCACUUCCAAUCAACUUUAAGAAUAUUGCCAUACAUCCAGAGAAGUGUGCAAGUCACUGUUGCUUAGCAUCAUUAUUAAGAAAAUGCUGAGGAUUUUUUUCACUUAAAAAAGAAAUGCAAAUAAAUAUAAAUAACAUAAAUUUGACCAAGGAAUAAACAAUGCUAAAAAAGCUCUAAGUCAGAACUUGUCCAACUGUUGCCCACUUUCUUCUAUUCUGGCCCCUCACAUUAGGUGUGGCAAGAAAAAAAAUGGUCACCAUCUUAGAUCCCAGCAGUGAAUGACAAGAGACAAGGUAAGUCUAAUGAUCAUCUUCAGAUAAUGUUAACUUUGUGCUUAAGAGUAAUCCCUUAAGCAUGUACCAGAUAGCUUUUCACAGCAGAGCAAUCUUAAAAUAAUAUACGCAACAGACAAUAUUUCUUUGAGAAAUUAAGUGGCAGCUUUAUAGAAGAAAAAAAACAAAAAACACUACCAGCCAAUGAUCUGUAAAAAUGACAGACACAGCUAAAGAGUAAACUGUUGUUCUGUGUGUAAAACUGGGCCAGAAUAAAAAUAAAGAACCAUGAUUCUUGAAACCACAUCUCUGGAACUAUUUAACAUGGUGGUUCACAUGAAAAUCCACAACUAAAUAAAUUCAAAGUUGCCAUCAUAUAUUGACUAAUAUAAUAAAAUGGCCAGUGAAAUAUAAAACUAAGUACAAUUGUUAAAACAGUGUGUUGACCUACUUCAAAGAGGAAUUAUCACAGAAUAUGGAAUAUACUUUCUUAGGAAAAUAAUCAAUAAUUUAUUACUUCUUGUCAAUAAUAUGCCUAUAUGUACCAGUAUAUUUAUUACUUCUUGUCAAUACUAUGCCUAUAUGUACCAGUAUAUUUUCUAGUAGUUUACAAAUGUAUUUGUGCAAUUGUCUCACUUAUCAAAUUGUGUGUAUAUUUUUGAUUAGCACAUAAUGAUGCAAAACUUGCAAAUUUUAAACAAAUAAUAACUACAGUCCCAACAUGAAAACCUGGCAACCCAACAAAAUAAUGCCAUUGCCAUUAGACCUCUUUUAUCAGUAAUGUGAUUUGAAUGUUUGCUGAUCUUCUUAAAUCAUUUCUAAGCAACCUUUCUAUGACCUCCACCAGUUGGCAAGUUACUUGAGAGAAUACUUUGACUAUAUUUUCAGGUUAAAAAAAAUUAUCAAUUUGUGCUCAGUUCUAAAGGAUUUAUUGAUAUUUCUUUCAGACACAUUACCACACAGCAGAGUAAGUGUGGGGUCACACAUGAUAUCAUAGAAAUGAUACUUUUACAGUGGAAUUUACAGCAGGUAAGACAUCUAUCUUUAUUAACAUAUACUGGUGUCUGAGUAAAUCUGUCCCUGUAAAAAAUCUUAAUAGGGUCUACAUCAGCACGCACAGGUAUAGAAAGGUAACUGUGUAUUCAUGCACCUUCUCCAUUACUAAUCAAUAGCCAGCUCAGCUAGCCUGCCUUCACUGGGGAUCAACUAUUGAUAUUUUCUCUCAACACACACUACAACAUGGAGGGAACCGGGAGGUCAUUCUGAUAGGGGGCUCUCAUUUUCUGUACUGUCAACAUCAAUAGAUAAAGUAACCACAGGCAGGUUUAUCAAAGCUAAAGCAAUGAAUGCCUUUAUGUUGGAGGAUGCCAGGGGGCCAGCUGUCCCCCACAGCCACUAUCACACCCAUAGAGAGGUACCCUCACCCUCUACAAUACAUACCCGCCAGGCCAGCAACAGCACAUGGCAGAUGUACUCUGAUCUCAUUGACACCGAGACCCCACGGGGACAGAACAUACGCAUGAAUGUGAUCUUAAGUAACCGCGGGAUGGUUGAACUGGAUUUAUCAAACCGUGACCUAGUUGAAAUGCCCACCGAGGUGUUCAAUUUUACACGCAUCGAGGUAUUCAAGAUGGCAAACAAUCGCAUCCAGGCUGUCCCUCCCGCCAUUGCAGGUCUCCAUCGCUUGCGGAUAUUUGACAUGCAUAUGAAUCAAGUGUCCCACCUUCCCGACACGCUGACAAACCUACACUACUUACAGGAGAUGGACUUUUCCUUCAACAAGCUUAGGACUUUGCCACAAAACUUCAAUUAUCUUCAAAACCUAAAGGUGCUGAAACUUCGCUCCAAUAAAUUUGAGAGUGCCCCCCAUCAGCUAGGCCAUCUUGUUAAUCUGCGUGUGUUGGACCUGCAAAUGAACAGUCUGUGGCACCUUCCUUUCUCCAUGCAAAACAUGCGGGGUUUACGCUGGCUCAGUCUGGGGAACAACAUGUUUGAGAAUCUUCCCAUUGUGGUAUGCAACAUGAGAAACCUGGAGGUCAUCAUUCUGAAGAAUAAUAAGCUGACAAACUUGCCAAAUGACUUGGAAAACCUCAAGUUCUUGAAGGAACUCAACUUAGCAGGGAAUAGAUUUGUCACAGUCCCACGUGUGCUUCUUAACAUGAAGAGUGUUCGCCACCUUAAUCUUGCCAGAAACUUGCUGAAAUCAUUACCACAUGAUCUGAGCAAGAUGGAAAAGUUGCGCACUUUGCAUGUCCAGCGCAAUCAGCUGCACUCCAUCCCAAACAACCUCCCCACUGUAGAAUACCUCAACGUCGCACAGAAUAUGCUGCGCAAUUUCUCUGUCAGUCGUUAUCGGAAUCUACGCUACAUCAACGCAAAUAACAACCAAUUAGAGAACCUGCCUUUAGGUUUGUGUGGUCUACCUAAUGUAGAAGUGAUCAAAGUUUGCUCCAAUCAAAUCAGGUAUGUUUCCUUGGAGAUUGCUCAGCUGCGCCACCUGCGCACCUUAGACCUUGGCUUCAACCUCCUGGUCAAGAUUCCAGAGCCUCUGUACAACAUGGACCUGGAGUAUUUCAACAUCAGAGGAAAUCCAAUCUCCACCCAAACCCUGAUGGAUGGAGAUGACAUGGAGGGAGGGGAAAUCACAGACAUUGACACACUGGUGACAACCUACCGCCACAACCCACCACGCCAUACAAGGAACUCCCAGCAGGAAAAUGGUGGUGUUUAUGACUCCAGUGAUAAUGCUACCAUACACAUGAAUGGUGACGACUCAGGGAUAUCUGGAAUCAUGGAGAAUGAACCGCAGCAACGGACGCGUCAGAACAGGUCACAUGGAAGGAAUGUGAGAUCACGAAUUCAACGGUCACGUGCAGGCCAAGAUGUGUCGCCACCUAGAGAGAAUGGGUUGGUGAAUGGUGAUGGUAGGGCAUCUCCAGUGAUGAAUGGCCAUGUGCAUCCAGAGGCCAGGGCUAAGCAGUCUCACCACCACCCAGCAGGCCAGGCCAGACAACGCGGGGGGAUCCCUGAGAAUGCCAUGCUAAUUAAUGGGGAUUUAGAACGACCAGGGAGCGGCCAUCGCAAACAGACCCAACAGAAUUCCAAACUGAAAUUCUCACAACACAUGGACAAUAGCACUGAGCCAUAUCACCAGAAAGCUUUUGAUCCUCGCCGGCAGGUGCAGCGUGCCUACAGUCAGAGCACAGACUACGGGCUGCUGGGAGUGGCCAACCAGGUGGAGGCAUUCUUGAAUGAAGACCUGCUCCAGCCUGUGAUAUCCCACAGAUCUGUGCACCCCUCCAUCACCAAGGCACUCUUCAAAAGGGAAAUGGAAGACCAGGAGUGUACGCUGCUCUCCAGCUCUCCAGCACAGAGAGACUACAAAGUCAACCAUCAGACAUUUCUCUCCAGGAAUCAGAAUGGUCUUCUCCGUCUUCGAGCAGAUUGCUUCAGAGUGACCAAGGCUGGCGGACUGUUCAGAUCCACAGUGGAUCCCAACAUCAAGGUCUACUUCCCUGCUAAUGCUGUCAACGUCACACUAGAUGUUAUAUUGCAGAUAGAGAAAGUAGACCAGGAAGCUCUUCUGGAGGUGAAGAAACAAAACAAAAUAGUGGACAACAUCAUUUCCCUGGGUCACAUUAUUCACCUAGGACAGAGCAAGAAUGUCAACUUCAAUGAACAGGUUACCCUGACAAUCCCAGCGCCCCCUACACCCAAGAGGGGCAAGCUCCAAAUCUUGACCUACAAGGAUGAUAACACAUGUGUCCCCUCGACCACAGGGUACAGGAUCAACAAUGGCUACAUCACCAUCCAGGCAUGGCACUUCUGUGGCAGGAAAGGUGCAGUCCUUACAAAAUCCAGGUGCAAAUACAAGGCCUGCAAGUCAGUGGAACAGUUCCUAAAACACAUGUACAUAUAAACUGUGUGGAAGGGCAGUACAGGAGACAUGGCAAGUUAAAGGUUAGUUCAAGGUCAGAGGACAAGGUCAUGGACAAAAGAACAAGUUUACUUUCAGCUGACAGCCAAAUGAAUAGCUCAAGAAGAAAAGUAAACCUUCACUUUCUGAAACAGUUAUUCUAAGCCAUGCAUACAAAGCUCAUAACAUAAACAAAUAGCAGCAGGGCACCCAUAUUUUCAUAUCACAAGGUCAAGGUCACAUCUCAAUACAAGGAGAGGCAUGAAGAUCUGUCUUUGAAACAUUUCUUAUGUAUCAAGUAUCACCUAAUAUAAACUGACCAGAAUACCAUUCCAUAACACAGAGCAGUUGGUAAGGCCAAGAACAGAUGAAAAUACAAGGUACACCUAGACUACACCUCAGCUACAACAGUUUGGCUGCAAGAGUUUGGCAGGAUUAAAUAACUUAAUGUUUUAACAGUAGCAAGUAGGACUAUUUGUGCUCAAUUAAAAUGGUGCAUGCACAACUGCUCCACCAAACCUAGAUACAUAACACAGCACUCUACUUGGGUGGAAUAGCUAGAACUGUGCAACAGUCUAACUGUAACAUGAAAUAGAAAUGGAGUUAUCACAUAAAAAGAAUUCCUUGUGAAUAUUUUAAAUACAUUAGGAAAAAUACAAUUUAAUGUUUAUUGGUAAUAUUUGAAGUACAUGCAGGAAAAUACAAUUAAAUGUUUAUUGGUAAUAUAUUAAGUACAUUAGGAAAAAUACAAUCUAUGUUUAUCUGUAAUUCAAAUUGUGUGAUUCAAAUGAAAAAUGUGUAUACACUUCAUUUUGUGAUGAAGAUUUGAUGUGUGUAAAGGCAUAACAAAACUAUCAUAUAUACAUAAAACCUUUCUGAGGUGAUUCUGCCUAACCGAAUAUUUGUACACAAACAUUUUCUCCAUUCUGAUCUAUUUUGAUCAUUAUAUCUCUAGGAGUUAUCUUUAAAUUAUUCUGCUAUUGUAAUUGAAUGUUUAAUCCACACUUUUCACACUUGUUUGUAUUCUUGAUAAUUGACAUCAAUAUGUUAACAUCUGAAUCAUCAAAAACCACUGCAUUAUUGCAUGUGUUGAGAAUCUUCCUAUCACUUUGUUUAUGUAAGCAUAAUUAUCUAUCAGUUGGAUAUUCAGUAAACAUCUCUAUUUAAAAUUUAGUAUUGCAAACUUUUUGUUAUGAAAUCAAAAUUUUAUCUAGCAAACAUGGACUGCACCACAUAUCAUCUUGGGGCAAAUAAAUGCACUGCUUCUUAAUAAUUCCAAAAAGGCAACCUGUUUUAUUAAAUGUAAUCUCUUAAAACAUUGAUUAACAAACCACCCAAUUUUCUGCUGUAUCAAAUCGCAUCAAAUUGCAAUUAACACUAUUUCUUGUAACAAUUUAGCAAUUAGGGCUUUAUGAUAUUCAUCUAAGGAGUUUAUACACUUGACUUUUGUCUGGAAAUGUCGACUAAAAUCUGAACUGUAACCAUACAUAAUGUACUUCUUGUGUUUUUAUCAGUGAGGUUAUCAUUCAAAUUCAUGAUUCAAUAAAAAGAACAAAAUAACUUGCAAAUUCAACACUAUGGAGAUUGUGUUUUUUCUUCAAUGCAUUAGUGAGCACUUUCUGAGGCUAAGUAAUGCAUCCACAAUGUUUUUCAACUGAUUAACAAAUUAACUGUUUCAUAAAUCUCUUAGCCUACAUAUAUAUGUAUGCCUUUCACAACAAAAACCAAGAUCUCUACAUGACAUAAUAAUUCACAAAAUGGAAAAAAAGUUACCUUCAUAAAAGCCUGGAAAUGAAUGUAUUUAACUUAUAAUCAUUACUUUCUAAUGUAGUUUAUGAAUGUCAUAAGGAUACAAUGUAUUGGACUAU